AUGACUCUUGCGGAAGACACAAACAUCGUUUCGACGUUUCUCUCCCACGAGCAAGUACGACUGGAUCCAGUCACAGACAACUCUCAACGCUACGACACCAUUGUGCUUUGCGUCAGCGCCAUCUUUCACUGUGCCGAAACACUCUUCGAAGCCCUUCGACGACAAGGUCCAGAUCUCACGUCCACACUCGUUCUUUGCGGUGGCAUCGGCCACUCGACACCUCACCUCUACGCCGCAGUGGCGAAGAACCCUCGCUAUACCCAUCUCGCUGAACAGAUCAAUGGACUGCCAGAAGCUCAAGUUAUGGAAAAGAUCCUCGAUGCCUGCUUUUCUGGAAGCAAUACCCGAAACUCUGGUGUGAAGGUGCUGGUGGAAGACAAAAGUACCAACUGCGGUGCCAAUGCUACAGAAACGAGAAAGUUGUUGCAGAACAAUGGGUUACUGGUGUCUGGAGGCAAGGUCCUGAUUAUCCAGGAUCCGACGAUGAGUUUGCGGACAAAGAUGUCAUUUGAGAAAGCUUUUGAAGGUGAUGGAGUGGUGUUUGAGGCUUGUCCUACUUUUGUGCCUAUGGUUACAGAGGUGGAGGGCAGAUUGAGGUUCAGGGGUGGUGGAGAUGUCACAGAGGACGAGUUGUGGGAUAUGGACAGAUUUUUGGGAUUGAUNCUUGGGGAGAUUGUUAGAUUGAGAGAUGACGAGUCGGGCUAUGGACCAAGAGGAAAGGGAUUCAUCGGGCACGUCGAUGUGCCUGAUACCGUGCUCGAGGCGUAUGCUAGGCUUGAGGAAUCUGUCCAGGCAAAGAGGUAG